UUGAGCAUGCGCGUCAAACAAGGGAUCUGGGAGUGUCUGAGCAGUGCACAAUGUAACAGGCAUGCGAUCGGCGUCUACAAGGUUUCGUGGGACCGGGAAAUAUAUUGAAUUGACGGCUGAAAACCGUUAUGAAGGAUAGAAGAGAGCGGAAUUUUGAUCCUGGUCAGGCCAAGAGCCAAGGAAUUGUGGCCAUUUUCGUUAUCUUCAGCAGCAUUUUGGAUGUAGUCUUGGUUGACCUCUGGUUUCAACGCAAGUGAUCUAUGGCUAAUAGUUUUUGUCUUUUGCCGAUUUCCGUUUUUGCAAUAUACUGCGGUGUAAGAUGCAUGAGUAGCAGUUUUGAUUCCUUUAUUAAUUUGUUUACAGUGCAUGCUUAAAACGUAACUGUUCGCUCACCAGUUCGCUGGCUACGGUUCAAGUACAGUUUUUAUACUUAUCUACAGUAUCGCCACAUUGUCUUAAUUUCACAAAGAGAGAAUUUAUAAUGGACACAUACUAGUUAAGAAUAUUAUGAUUGUUUAUGAACAAAACUUGUAUUUAUUUAAUAACAAACCGCUGCCAGUUUUUCCCUUUCAGACAGCAUUAUGGCUUGUUAUUUUUGAAGUUGUCUUUGUAUUGCCUUACUAAUUAGUGGCUUUAAAUUAUUUUGAAGACAACCUGAAGUUGAGGUAUACAGAGGAACUGCAUUUAUGACGGGGUAGUGGUUGAUUACCAAGUCGGCAAACGGCAAACCUUAUAAUAUCAAAUGAACAUCUGACAUAUCGCUGUUUUAAAUAUAUAUAUGGAAUGUAUUGCUGAAAAUAUUCUCAGGUAAUUGGAAUAGCAUUUUUCAUAUGGUUUUAUCAAAACUUUAUAUUGCCACUUUUGUGCUUGAGUCAAUGUGUUGGGAUGUUUGAUUAUUGUUUUUGAUUUUUUUUCUAACUGUUGUCAGUGUCAUGAGUUGGUCAGUGUAUCCUCACCUGUUGCUGGAGUAAGUGAGGGUUGUGACAGAUUUAAAAACAGGAAGAGGUAGGGAGCGUGGACGAGUCCUCACAAUGUCAGGGGACAGGACUGCGGGUGCUGGCGGGGUGCUGCGGAGGACAACGGGGUGUGAGGGGGUGGAGCAGAGGGAGGAGGAGCAGGAGGAUGAGGGGGAUGAAGAUAUGCGGGAUGGUGGGGUGCCCUUCUUUGUGAACCGGGGUGGCCUGCCAGUGAACGAGGACACGUGGGAGCGGAUGUGGCGGCAUGUGGCCCGAAUCCACCCUGAUGGCGAGGCUGUAGGGCAGAGGAUCAGGGGAGUUAGCGAUCUGCCUAAGAUUCCGAUACCAAGUGUGCCUACGUACCAGCCAGCCACCACCGUCCCACACCGCCUGGAAGCCAUACAGAGAUACAUCAGGGAUUUGCAGUACAAUCACACUGGAACACAGUUUUUCGAAAUCAAGAAGAGCAGGCCUCUUACUGCGUUGAUGGACAUCGCUAAGGAAAUGAUCCGUGAGUCUCUACCAAUCAAAUGUCUGGAGGCAGUGAUCCUGGGAAUUUACCUCACCAACAGCAUGCCAGGUGUGGAGCGCUUUCCGCUCAGCUUUAAGACGCAGUUCUCAGGGAAUCACUUCCGGCACAUAGUGUUAGGGGUGCACAGCGGGGGUCGCUUCGGAGCUCUGGGCAUCAGCCGGAGGGAGGACCUCAUGUUCAAGCCGCUGGAGUUCCGCACGCUGGCCGACCUCGUACAGGAGUUCGAGGGCGCCUACCGCGGCUACUGGCACACCUUGCGCAAGGUGAAGAUUGGCCAGUACGUGUCUCAUGACCCCCACAGCGUGGAGCAGAUCGUUUGGAAGCACUCUAUCCUUGACGUGGACAAGCUCUCCAAGGAGGAGCUUCGUCGGGAGCUUGAGAGGCACACUCGCGACAUGCGGCUCAAGAUUGGGAAGGGCGCACCUCCCUCCCCUACCAAAGACAGGAAGAAAGACUUUGGGUCCCCCCAUCGCGUCCCGGCCAGCCCUUUGCGCAGGAACAGCCGCAGCGAGAGACGACCUUCAGGGGACAAGAAGGUGCUGGAGCCAAAACCCCCGGGGGACAUGAAUGGGUACCAGAUCAGGGUGUGAGGAAGGUCAUCCAGGGCACCAGGAGGAGCUGUGUUAAAUUAAGACCAGUGGACAACUGCAGCAGGCUCUGUGUGGAGAGCAAACCAUAAGGUGGUUUUGGUCAUAACUCUUGGUGGUGAUGGAAACCUUUGUCUCAAAAAAAGAUGAAGACAAGCCUGUUUCUUAAUUGAUUCAUUAUAACGAAGAACAUGCUAUAAAUGACAAUGUGGGGCCUUGUUAAUUAGGAGUGGCAAACACCAGUGCAAUUUGUAAAUCAACGGAACUAAACAGGGACAGUAAUGAGAACAUGGACACAGGGUUUUUUUUUCGUCACUCGUGUCCAAUUAACAAAUCAGCGACUCCACAAUGAUGGAAUUUGAACGUAAUUUCAUUGAUAGAUGUGUGUAAAUACAAAUAACCCAUAGCCUGUUGGACAGUAAUCAAGCUUUUGUAGUAGAUAGUUUGCAAACCAAGCAUCUGGUGCCUUUCAUGUAAGAUUUAAUAGGUAAUGUAUAAUUCAUAAACCCCAGAACCAGGACCGUGAGACAUGCACUCUGCGAGGUAAGCAGAGGGAAAACCCUGGCUAAGUGCUCUAGCAGGUGAGACGUGGCAGCAGUAGCACACAUGCAAACACACUCACAGUUGCCCUGUAUAAUUUGUUAGGCGGGCUAAAAGCCACUGUCAAGUUGUGCUUUUGCCACAGAAUCCCAAAAUAAAAUAAAUGCAACUGCCAAGUCCAAUAUACAUAGACUAAAUCUUUAAAGUCUCCAACUUCCACCGUCCUCUCCCUCCAUGAACUUUAUAGAUGUGAUAAUUAGAUAAACAUGCAUUCAGACUUGCAGCUUAUCUUAGUAUGUGUGACUGUUCAAUCUAGUGUGCCAUCUUACUGCUGUUGGCUAACUACCUGUGACUGACUGCGGAGGACACAUCCAUUUGAAUUUUACAGUUGGCCAAACCAUGAAACUAAGAGCACCUAUUGAUGCUCAGAAAGAAAAAUGUUGUUUGUAACGUGGUCCCUGGAGUAAAAUGGUAUCUUGUUACCUUGAAAAAAACAAACUUUCCCAACCAUGUUUACACCAAGAUCGCUCAUACCUACUGAAAGAGGGAGCAGCUAAUUUUAGUAUCGUCAGUUGUUUCAGGUAUACAGUUACCCGAGUUGUAGCUAGGUAAGAGAAGGGGGAUACACAGUAGAAUGUCUAGCAAAAUUACUUUUGGUGUCAUAGGAAAGGACUGUGGUUAGAACAACAGUACAUUGUUAUCUUUAUGGGUGACUUCAGGAAGUGAUUAUACACUUAUAAGUGUUUGCUAGGGUUAUUUGAAGUCUUAAUGAGGUCUAGGUGCAAAAAAGUGGUCUGUUUACAGUAUUCAUGUCAGUAUUUUUUAUAUACACUGUACAGGGGCAUUGCUGCCAUUUUACACGUAUCACUGUUGUAAUCACUCAUAGAGUACUUCCACAGUUUUAAUGGAGAAAUAGUCUAACCAUGCUGGUGAGGAACUCAGUGCUCGGAAGGCUUUGUGUGUACUGGUUUUUGCUCCAACUUGUGUUUGUAAUAAUAUAUAUAAUUUCACUCAUUCACCUUUCUUACAUUUCUCCUUGAUAACUGCUGAUAACUUGUACUACAUAAUUCACUAGACACAUUUGAUAGUGUUGGAUGCACUGGCAAAAACACAAUGAAUGAAUUAAAUAAUUUUAGUUGAUUUAGAUUGAUGGUAGACCUAACACAAUACCAGGCCUAGCAAUAGAGGAAGGAGGAUAUUCAUCCUAAACCUACGAUGUGCGUGCAAUAAGGUGUAUCUGGAGAAAGCAUUAAUUCAGAAAAUUUCCCCUUUCAGCAACUUCUUAACCUCUGGAGGAAAAAAUUAACAGGAAUUUUGCUGUCAAAGGGAAGAUGUUCUUGGCUCCAUAGCUAAGUGAAGGCAUUUUUGCUGCCUGUUCACCUUUUAAAUGCAUCUGCCAUCAGUGACAGGAAUCUCUCUGAGGUCAAAUACUUACAAUUCUACUUUACCAUGUGCUUUUUAAAUUCAGUGCCAGCAAUUCUACUUUCAUUUAAGUGACCCCUCUCUGUAAUGGGGAACAAAACCAGAGCUCAAAAUCGAUGGAUAUGAUUUUACGGCAUAAUGAAGAUGGUGGAGGUGUGCGAUUAGCCAGCCCCCACACUGUCAGAUUUGAAACUGAGUUGCACCUCAGUCCAUAGAUUAGCAUGCGUCUACUCACUAGUGUGUAGAGGCCUUCACUGUAACCAGAGAUAACAAAGAUAAUGCAGGCACCAGCAGGAUUCCAGCAGAAAAAAAAGAAUGGUGCACACUACAGAUGGGCACAUUUUUUGGUAAUAAACUCAUUCAAAUCACAUCCUUAGCCAAGCAAAGGAAAUAAAAGACCAGCCAUGCUUUGAUGGAGCUUGGCCUCCAUUUUAAUACAUACUCUCCGGCAAUUAGCAACGGUUCAGGGCUGUGCCUUCACUAAUUAUAAAACAUACCCUUACUGAAGCUGAUCCACUGUGACAAACAGCUCUGUGUUUGGAGUUGGAGAAAUGGCUCUUGGAAAUCGCAAGACAUUGUUACUGUUUUUUCUCAUGAACUUUUCUUACUUUGUUUCUGUUCUUUGGGGUAAGGGAAUUGUUGAAUGGAACUUCUGAAUGGUUAGAUUUAUCUCUCCAGAAAAACAUAAAAUCAGCACUAUGAAUUUGUGACACUUGAAUCCAAAUAAAAAAGGUUUUGGUG